UUGGCAAACCUUUUAUUUUCCCGUCAAUUCGCGCUUUGCCCCACCUCUCCAUCUGUCUUCGACCCCUUUGAUUGGUUCGCGUUGCGGCCGUUGAAAAGGCCCCGCUUUCCAUCUUCGCUCUUGCGAUCUUGACUGUCAAUCACUUUCAGAGCAUAAAAGCAAGAAAGGAAGUAAUUGGGGUUUUUUGGGGGGGAUUCUGGCACCCUAAUUCUUCGCUGGGCCUUUCCUCGCCCAAGGAAUGCUCCUUGAGGUGACAGGUGUUUCUUUUAAAGAAGCAAGGAUGAUUUCCAGAAAAAAGGCAUUGUUUUCUUCCCAAGAGAUGUAAUUGAAAUCAAGGGUGGCUUUUGUGCAUUCAUUAUAUUUAAUACUUUAGUUAACCCCUAGCAUCUAUUGCUUUCUAUUGGUUCCUGCCCUGCUUAGAGUAGGCUCCAGUUUUGUUUUGUUGCUCUACAAAAUGUCCUGACUUGAAUUCAGGAUUUAGUGUAUUUUCCAAUUUUUAUGAUUUUGCACACUGGCUUGAUGUAGGAGCGUAAAGCACUUUAUAAUGCUGCAGCAUGAAGUGUUAAUAUAGACCUGGGACUCAACCCUUCCAGGAAUAGAAAGUAAGAGUCAAUAAAGGCAGCUGAAUAUGCAGAGUGUGUUUCCCAUAUCCGUGAAUAUUUCCAGGUGGAUGAGCCAGUGUGAUGCCAAAGGUGCCAGUGCUCUCGCCAAACUGUCCUGUGAGCCUAGGCUACUUUACUGAACCUGAAUCUCUGGAGGGGCAGUUACUGAUGCAUGCUGCUGAGGGCAAGAGCAAUAAGGCCAAAAUAUUACUAAAAAGAGGUGUGGAAGUCGAUAGCCACAAUGCAGCUGGACAGACUGGUUUAUAUAUUGGUGCCCUAUUGGGACAUGCUUCCAUAGUUCAGCUGUUUCUGCGCUUUGGUGCUAAUCCUAAUCAUCGUUGUUAUGAUGGUAGCACUCCAGUCCAUGCAGCUGCAUUUUCUGGUCACCCAAGACUUCUCAACAGUAUCUUGCAAGUGGGAGGUGAUUUAAGAUUCCAUGAUCAAAAGGGUCGGACUCCUAAAGACUGGGCCCAGCAAGCUGGAAGUGAACAAAAUGCAAAGGUCAUGGACAUCAUACAGCAGUACUACGCUCAGAUGGCAGCACAGGUGCAGCACGGUGAUCAGUCACUGUACUCAAAAAGUCUAGGAACAUCUUCACGAAGUUUGCGUUCCUCUUUCACCUCACUUUUAUCUACCUCCUUCGGGUAUCUGGACUGUCCCCAAAUGUUUGCAAAUGGGAAGAAGCCAUUUGUUGGAUAUGGACAUCUCUAUCCAAGUAGAUACGAGCAGCCACGGAUGGCUGCCUUCCUAUCCAUUGCCGAUAAUGAUGAACUGAUCAGAGGACAAAGAGAGGCAGAUUGGAGUUAUCAGAAUGGACCAUUUACACUCAUGAGGAACUUGCUAUGGAAUGGACAGUUGGUUACUGUGAGAAGCAUCAAGCCAGAGGCACAUCCCAACUGCAGUAAAGCACGUCGCACCAUGGACUUGCUCCUAGCUGAACAAGAACACUGCAGCCAACUUCGCCAUCCCUAUCUACUGCUCCUCUUAGCUGUGAGUCCAUCCGUGGAUUUCCAAACUAUCCAGCUUGUCUUUGAAAGAGUAGAAAUGUGCUCCCUCUACUAUGCCUUGCACUGUGAGAAUCCUAGCUCCCCGGCAUCCUCCGCUACAGUGCAUCUGCUCCUCCAAGUCUCUGAAGCGCUUUUGUUUCUGCAUUCUCGAGGCUAUAUCCAUCGGGCUGUGACCUCCCACGCCAUACAGCUGGUGAGACCUGGCCUUGCCAAGCUCAGUAACCUUGAGUACAUGCAACAGAGGAGAGAGAAACUUUGUUUAACUUGGCCUAUCCCACCACCUCCGCCUCUCUACAACUGGUUACCCUUGGAAGUCAUCAGAGACCGAUCAGCCUCUGUGAAGUCUGACUACUACAGUUUCUGCACAGUAAUUCAGGAAAUCUUCACAGGGGAAAUGCCAUGGGAUGGAUUGGAUGGCCUCGACGUGAAAGAAAAAAUGGAGGGAGGGCAAUCUCUCUUAACUGAUGCCCGUGUGCCUGAGCCAUUUUAUGAGGUGGUAAAAAGUGGUAUAGCUUUGAAAGAACGUGACCGGAGAGGCACUUUCCCUGACUUACGCUACUUACUGCGGGCAGCCCAACAGGGUGCCGUGGGAAAUUUUCCUUUGCUUUCAUCAACAGCAUCUGGUCCAAAGAAGCUUUGCAUGUGGGCAGGGCAAACGUUGUCCACUCAAGACUCUGUCCCCAUCAUUCCUGAAGAAGCACCAUAUUUUGAGGUGGAGUCCAGCAGCAGGAGUGCAGGACAAAGCACAUUUAGUGCUCAUCCUGGGAGCCAGACAAUGAAACUGGCACAGAAAUAUAGCGAUCAGCAGGCUGGUUUCUCUAGCAAAUCUGUGGAACAGCAAAAUCUGAAGUCAAACUGUGACAGCACAUGGGAACAUGGAAAGAGUGAUGAGGAGAAGGUUGAAUCUGAUAAUACUGUCAUGUCAUCAGACCUGGGAAACACUGUUACCAGCCAGGAGGAAAAUUUUGUGAACAGCCUACAGGAUUCAGCCUGUCUAUUGGCAAAGGCCCAAGCCUCCUUAGAAAAUCUUGAGAAACGUUUUGCAUCUGGCAUCCAUAUGUUAGAGUCCUUUGUCACCCAUCAAGAGGCACCAGGUCGAACGGGUCAUAGUGAGGGAUCCGUAUCUAAGCGGGUGGUGGUGGAGAAGUACAAAGAUAACAUCCAGAACUACUCCCUUCAAAACCUUAUUGAUUUAUCAGCUCAAGCCAGAAGAGAACAACAGUCUUGCCUGCAGCAAAAUCCUGUCUUACCAGAGAUUUAUCCGAGGUUGGAAAGUCACACAGAAAGGCCUUUUUAUAACACCAAAACAUUUGAUCUUCUUCAGGAAAUUAUCCAAGAGUUGCGAGAAACAAGUGACUCCUUCACGGUGAACCACGAGCAGCAAGCACGGAGCAGAAAAGAAAAAGAGAUUGCCUCUGAUCUAAAGAAGGGAGAUCUGAUCCCCACCACCGGACAAGGGAUGGUGACCAGUUAGGAUGAUCAGUACAUGAUGAUGAUCUCUCUAGUUCUCUGUUAAGAUAGGACUGAGAUAAAAGCAGUUUGCUUCUUCAAUAGCACAGCCAUCAGUAUGCAUCCUGAUUCAGUAUCUCCAGUUCAGAGCCUCAUAACUGGGAAAGUUAAGUCACACUGAACAUGAUUGCUCUUCAAGAGAAAAGUCUAGGUUUUUUUUAAGAAUGAACUAAUGUCGUUUAGAGCAUUUGGGUCAGGCUAGGGGAGCUACAGAUCAAAUAAAGCUUUUAGCGAAUUGUUAAUCAAAGCAUUUUGCAGCCAUUUUUCCCCACAUAGACCUUGUUUAAGCUCAUGUUCUUUUAUGCUUUGAAUUCACAUUCAAAGAUGUCCAGUCAUGCAGCCUUGUACAAAUACCUCAUUUUGUCAUUUUCUACUAUCACAGUUUAUAAAAGUAGAGAAUUGCGCAAAGAGGGUGUAAUCUUUUCCCUCCCCACCAUGCUUCUGAUGAAAAUCUCUCUUUUCUUAACAAAAUCAGUUGUUUUUAGCCUCAGCAAAGAAUUGCUACGAUCUCAUCCUAAGCAAGAUAAUUAAACUUCCCUUCUUGCUCUGAUUUCAAUUCUGUUUGGAGGGGAAAAAAGCAAAGGAAACAUAUAUAUGUUGAAAAAUGAACUGUGAUAGCUUUCCCUUUCAAACCAUUAACAUCAAAUUUAGUUUGAUCUCAGUCUACUACUGCUAUUUAGCCUACUUAAUUUUUUUUUUGUAUUUGGAGAAUCUUAAGAAACAAUAUUAAGAUAUUUUGCUGCCUUUCUCUCUCUUCUUAUGAAUUCAAAGUUGCUUAAAAUGGGGGUUUGCAGGUUAGGUUCUGAUGAGGUUGAGGCAGUUUUACCUUUUAUAACAUAUAAUAAUAGUACCUUGUACCCCUCCAAACUACUCUCUCAGUUACCAGUGUUACAAAAUAGGUAAGCUUUAGUAUUAUUGUAAAAAAGAAUCAAUCUGACUUUGUCACUUCUCUUGAUUUCUUUAUAAAAAAAAGAGAAAAGUGUGUUUGUGGUUCACUUGUUUUUUAUAAAUAUUCCAUAUUUAUCAGAUGAUAUUGCAAGUACAGCAAUAAAUUUUUCAUUUUUCAUUA